GCGUUCAGGUUUACAGGAAAUAUGACUUUCAGGAAGUAGACUUUGAGAAAAAAAUUUGUCGCCAGCUACAGUAGUAAAUCGAGAGAAAGUGAAGGUUACUUUCAUGAACAAAAGUGUAUGCUAGGUAGCUGCGUAUAUCAUUAUAAAACGAACGUUUUUCGUUGGCCAAAGUCUACUUUUCAGGUAGGACAAAUUUUACAGUCACUACUCACGAGCGAAAGGACUAUCUGAGGACCAUGAGUCGCGUUCCCCUGCAGCAGCAGCAGAGCUGUGGCUCCUGGGAGCUGAAGGAACGCCUGGGGACCGGUGGCUUCGGGAAUGUCACCCGAUGGCAGAACAAGGACACAGAGGAGCAGAUAGCCAUUAAGCAGUGUCGUCAGGAGCUGAGUGAGAGGAACAGAGAGCGCUGGUGUCUGGAGAUACAGAUCAUGAAGAGACUGGACCAUGUGAAUGUGGUAGCAGCGAGGGAGGUUCCUGAAGGGCUGCAGUCCUCCUUACGCAUCAAUGAUCUACCUCUACUGGCCAUGGAGUACUGUCAGGGAGGUGACCUGAGGAAGUAUCUGAACCUGUUGGAGAACUGCUGUGGAAUGAGGGAGGGUUCCAUCCUUAUUCUGCUACGGGACAUAUGCUCCAGAGCUCUUGGAGAGACAGAAGUAUACAGUGACUGUGGAUUAUUGGAGCUUUGGUACAUUGGUGUUUGAGUGCAUCACUGGGUUCCGGCCUUUUCUGCCAACCUGGCAACCCGUGCCCUGGCAUAGUAAGUUGAAGUUGAAGCAGGAUCAUGACAUUGUGGUUUAUGAGGACCUGACAGGGGAGGUGCGCUUCUCUAAACACCUUCCCCAGCCCAACAACCUCAACACUCUGUUGUUGGGCCGUCUAGAGAGCUGGCUGCAGCUGAUGCUGAGGUGGUCUCCCCAGGAGAGAGGCAAGGCAGACCCCCAGACCACUUCCUCAGACUGCUUCUCUCAGCUAGAGACUAUACUGGAGCUGAAGCUGGUUCACGUAUUGAACAUGGUGUCUGCUAAGAUCUUCACCUACUCUGUCUCAGCCAAUGAGAGCGUGGCUGAUCUGCAGCAGCGAAUCGGGUCUGACACCAACAUCCCUCCAGCCAAUCAAGAGCUACUGUUGGAGGCGGGACUAGCCCUGGAGCCACAGGGAGAGGCGGGGCAGUGUGCCAUCGACUACACUGAGAUAGACGGGAGGAGGACAGACCUUCCUCUGGUGUUUCUGUUUGACCGUUCCUCCUGCACCUACGAGCCCCAGUUCACCCCCCGCACAAUGCCAGAGAACAUACGCUUUGUCCAGACGGAUCCUAAGCACGUGUUGUCUUACAGUCCUCUGAGGAGGACCUGGGGCCAGGCCUGGGACACCAUCCGCACCCUGAAGGAGGACUGGCAGAGGUUACAGCAGGGACAGAAAGCUGCUCUCAUGAGUUUGCUGAGACACAACAGCUCCCUGUCGAAGCAGAAGAAUGAGAUGGUGUCUAUGAACCAGAGGCUGACGGCCAAACUAGACUUCUUCUCUACCAGCCUGCACAUAGACAUGGACAAAUACCAGGAGCAGAGAGCUACAGGGAUAGCCUCUGAAAAGCUGCUGGGUGUGUGGAGGGAGAUGGAGCAGACUGCAGUCAGCUGUGGCCAGGCAGAGAGGGUGACAGAGCUGGACGAGGAGAUGAUGCUCCUCCAGACAGACAUCGUGGACCUCCAGAGACAACCGUGGAGGAGUGGAGAGGCCCUGGACACACUUGAGGGGAAGGCCUUGGAGUUGUUCCGUAAGCUGAAAGAGAAACCCAGAGACCAGAGGUGUGGGGGGGACAGUCAAGAGGUAGUACGUCUGGUGGUCCAGGCAGUUCAGUUCUACGAGAGGAAACUCAAAGACUUCUACACACACCUCAGUAAGACGGUGGUUUGUCGUCAGCGUGUAAUGGAGCUGCUACCCCGUGUAGAGGGCGUGGUACAGAGGAUGGCUGAGAGUGAACAGGUCCUAAAUCUACAGGAGAGACGGCAGAGGGAACUAUGGAACCUGCUGAAAGUAGCCUGUAGUAAGGUGCGCAGCCCGGUGAGUGGGGUCCUGUGGAUGGGGGACGCUCUUCCUCUCUGUUCCCCCUCUACUGACCCCCAGACACAGCCUACAGCAGCUGUGUAGUCACCCACCUCACUCCACACACCAACCACACACACCUCCUUCAGGUAGACAGGCAGGCAGGCAGGCAGGCAGGCAGAUGGGAUGGAUGUGUUUAUGAUGGUGUGCUCUUCUCUGUAGUGAGUUGUGUUUUGUGUGUUAAUAUGUGUGUAUUUGAAGUGUGUCUGAGACUGCUUGCAUGUGUGUGUGUCUUCAGGGAUGAGUCUUGUUGGUGAUCGAGGAGAGGCAGGACGUUUGAGAGUCGACUUACAGAGUCUGCUACAGGAGACCAUCCAGGAGUCUGAAAGCGAUAUGCAGUUGCUGCGAGAGUGGACGUGGCUGAGUGAAGGACAGGACCUUUCCUCUGAUCUUUCCUGACUCUACUGGUUCCCUCGGAGGAGGCAGGGGUUUCCCCUAGUUACUGAUACAGGGUCAGAUAUGAUGUCAUCCCCCUAAUUGUCAUGUUAAGGAUUGGAGUUAGACCUGAGGUUAAGGGACGAUUCUGUCUCAAACUGAUGUCAAACAGAAGAGCUGUCCCAUUCCAGACCCCCUGCUGUGGUCCUCUGCUGCCGCUGUGUGGUGGGGAAGACUUACUGCAACAGAUUGCAUCGCACAAUUUGACAUUGACUCUUGGGGGUGCCCCAAAAAUAAUGGAUUGAGCCAACAUUUAUAUUUUCCAGGCUCAUUGGCGUGCCGACAUUAACAUGUGCAACACCGCUGUAAUCUAUACCCUGGUGUAUUGGAGUCAUCUUUAAUCCUGCUCUAAAGGGUGUAGGUUUGAAUGAGGAAAAUGAUGUUGACCACUGGCAUAGCUGUAUUUAAACCAGUGGCCUGGUCCAAUCAAAACCAGUAAUCCCACUGGUUGUCCUCUUGACUAAAGUCCUGGUGGUACUUGUUCUAGAAAAGUCUGGUCUGGCCCCUGGUGAUGAUUCCUAAUCUUUCAAAUGUUUUUUAUGCUUGCCACAAUAUAUUCUCUGACCAAGGUUUUAGCUGUAGCUUUUAUAUUCAGUUACCAUUCUCACGGUUCUCCCCAAAGAAUGUAAAAGAGGCCCCAUUGUGGACUUGCUGUGCCACUAUGUAAAAACAUAUAUAUUUUUACUUUAUUUGUUAUCAUAUAGAGCAAUUUCUGGGUCUAGAUUGCAGGAAAUGGCAGUUACAGGUGUUAAAAAACACAAAAAUCACAACCUUAUUAAAAGAUCCUGGGGAGAACCCUGCAUUCUAUAACAGUUAGAACUGGGCUUUUGGGGAUUUUUUGGUUUGAAACUGUAUAUUUUAUGAUGCCUUAUGCUGGAUCUCUAUGUACAUUACUAAGGCUGAUGCAGAAUAUCCUCUGUUUUUGUGUAUAUACUUAUUUUUAAUUGUUAACAUUUUAAAAUAAUUGAUAUUUCAACAUUUAUUGCAGAAUAUUAAUUGGUUGUUUUAUUUUUCUGUAUUUUACUUGAUUUAACUGUGGUCUAUUAUUAUGUGUAAGUACGUGUAUCUGGUUGAAUUAAACUUCAACCACCACAGAUCGAUAAGAGUGCUCGACAUAUGAUGGUGACAUGACAUUACUACCAUGACUUUAAACAAAGAUAUGUAAUAAUUUUGAAUACAGGACACUCAAAGUG